AUGGUCGAUGGUUUCAUCAAAACAUUUUUUGCAGGCCUCGGACCCGAAUGGAAAGACGAUUUCGUUGUUUCAAAAUCUGAAAAUGGUGUAGUCGUGUUGGUGUUUAGCGACAAUCUACCAGAUUAUCUCAAACCACCUAACGACUGGGUCAUACGGUACACAGAUGAUCCGGAAAAGCCAAAGGAUGAGUGGAAUGUGGUGCCUUCGGAUUCGGCCACGUUGACAAGGGUGGCCGUACCCGACAUGGAGCCGGGAACGUACUACUACCUAGUUGUCGACAGCCCAGACAAAGGAAUCCAGACUCCAACACUGCUCGUCAUGACUCCUAAGCCACCAAGCGAGGUUCGGGUUGGAACAAAUAUCAAUGAUGAGUCGGUAGUUGACUUCAAAGAGGCCGUCACAUCGCAACCGGUCAAGGUAUGCAGGUGUUAUGAAACUUCUGCAUUUGCGGUCAACAUACAUUUCCCUUACACAUCCUAUACACAUUAAAU